UGCUUUGGGCUUACUGUAGAGUGUUAUGCGAUAGUGUACGUGAGAGGCGUCGGGGUAGUUUCAAAUUACAGGAUGGCGUAGUGGAGUUUAAUUAAGCCUUUACUUAUUAUUGCAAAUUAUAUAAUUUAACACAAUUUUUCAUGUGUUGCUGCUUGUUUUUCUGUGCAAAAUUUGAGGUUAGUCAUGGCCGAAGUCGGCUCUUUAGGAGAUCUGUCAGAUCAUUCAUGCGUGGGAUCAGUCAAUCUUGAUAUAGAGGAGCUGGAUGAUGACGAGUACAAUAUCCCGCCAGUAGAACAUACGCCAACACUAGAGAGCAUCUUGAAUGAUUUGGAUGAUAGGACAUCAGCCAGCGAAGAUGAAUUGUCGAAUUCACUGUUGCCGCCAGCCGAGGGGACGUUUGAAGGCAGUGAGACUUUGUCCUUGGGUAGUGUGGGCAGUGUAAGUCGCAGUUCGUCAGAACGCCGACAGACGAAAACAAACGCUUGGACUGGAACUGCACCAAAUACGCAGAGAACAGGUUCCAUAUUGCGGCAUGUGAUACUGAAGGGAAUAUCCACUCAGCUUGUUUCUGCCUGUGAGCGAUCAAAUGCUGGAUUGCCCACAGCCAUGGCUGCCACAACAAUGAUUGCUGUGGGGACAUCUCAUGGACUGGUGCUCGUCUUCGAUGCCUCACAGCGCUUGCGGUGGUGUCUCGGUUCAACAGACCAAGAGCAGGGAUCUGUUUCCAGCUUAGGAUUCAAUCAUGACUGUUCCCGUCUUCUGGUUGGCUUUGCCCGAGGACUGAUCCUAAUGUAUGACAUUCUGAAUGGAAAACUUCUUAGAACUAUGGCAGAUGCACAUCCACCAGGGACAGCUGUUUUGCAUGUUAAGUUUACAGAUUCACCAACUCUUGCACUUUGCAGUGACAGUGGAGGAUCUGUGUUCGAACUAAAUUUCCGGAGGACAAUGGGUAUGCGAGGAUGUGAUUCAAAAUGCCUUUUUUCGGGCAGCAGGGGGGAAGUGGUAUGCAUAGAACCUCUGCUCCUCCACCAUCAGCAGCUGUCAUCACAUCCACUGCAGGGGGUCAUCCUCAUAGCAAUGGCCACACUUUCAAAAGUUAUUGUCGUAAGCAUUCGACCAAGGAUGCGUGUCCUGUUCACCCACCCUCUGCAGAGCAGUCCAGUGUCCCUGCCACUAAUCUCAUGGCAGUUUGUCAUAAUUCAGAUGGCUGACACCAGUAGAGUUGUGGAUCCUGUACUUGCUUUUGCAAGGGAUUCAACUUUACACUUCUUUCAGGUUUCUGUAGACAAUAAAAGCAAAGUACGGUUUGUGGCACUACAGCGCUUGAGUGUCGGUUACCAAUUACUGAGUCUGCACUGGCUGAAUACACGCACCCUGGCUGUUUUGGACACAUUGGAGCAGCUGCAUCUCGUGGAUGUUCGGUCACAUGAGGAGCUAGAGGUUCUGGACCUAGCAGCUGUUGGCCUGGUAUACGCAACAGCACACUUCAAGGGUCUUGCAACUGGUGGAAAUGUCAGCAAAGCAUUGGCCUUAGCAGGAGAACAUGCCUGCUAUAAUUCUGUAGUCAGCUUUGGAAGCCAGCUGCUGCUGUUGGGCACUAAAACAUUUCAUGUGUUGUCAAUCAGAACUUGGAAUGAUCGUCUAGCACACCUUGUGAAACAGGAUCGGUACCUGGAAGCACUUUCACUCGGAAUGGACUUCUACCAUGAAAGAGGGAAGGCAGUCAUAGGAUUGAAAGGCCCUAAAACCAAAAGAAAAGAAAUAAUUUGGCAGAAGGUGCUGGAGAUACUGAACAUUUACAUAGAUGAAACACUAAUUCAUGGUGGCAGUACUGAUAUCUAUCAAGAGUCCAUACCUGCAUGUGUGGAAUACUGUGUGUCAUUGGAUGUAAUGGACUUGCUGUUUGGAAAGUUGUGGGAUGCCUGCAGUAAUGACGAAGUAAUGAAGGCCGUCUAUUUGGAAAGUCUUGAACCAUGGUUGCUGAAUGAUCGAUUGCGUCAUGUGCCACCCAUCAUAAGCCAGCAAUUUGUUUCUCAUUAUGAGAAUCUGGGCAAUCUACAGACUUUAGAAGAAUGUUUGGUGCAUAUGGACGUUGCAUCACUUGAUAUUCAUCAAGUAAUGGGCUUGUGUUGGUCUCAGGGAUUGUAUAAUGGCAUUAUAUACAUACAUAAUAAAGCUCUAAUGGAUUAUGUAACACCACUACAAGAGCUUAUGCCUAUACUGCAAGCUGCUCUAGCAACAGGAAAGCAACUUACAGACCAGCAGAUAGCUCUGGGCAACAAGCUUCUGGUGUACAUCAGCUGUUGCUUAGCUGGGCGUGCAUAUCCAGUGGGAUACAUACCUUCAGAUAUGGUUGCCAGUGUGAAGCAUGAAGUCUUCAAGUGCCUCACCUGCCUACACAGUAAAGAUGCUCCUGACUCUGAGCCGCCAUAUCCUUACCUCAGGGUCCUUCUACAUUUUGAUACUCGUGAGUUUUUAAAUGUGCUUGCACUAGCAUUUGAAGAGCCAGAGUUUCUGUCUGAGGUGGGGAUGAGACAAGUGCAACGGCUUGUUGAUAUAUUGUUGCUUAUAAUGGUGCAGGGCGAGGGUUUCACGCCAAGCCAGGUCGGUUCUCUGUUCACAUUCCUGGCACGUCAGCUGGCCCGGCCGUGGUGUGGUCUGCUGCACGUGGAGCGGCAGCUCUUUGAACAGGUGGUUGAGUUCCUGACUGAAGGCAGUGGCUCACCAAGCACAGGCCACCAUGAGGAGCGCCAACAGGCCCUGCUGGAGCUAAUAAGAGCUGGCGGUCUGCAACAUUACGACCAAGACCGCCUUCUCACUCUUGCUCACAAAGCAUACUUCUACCGUGUGUGUGAGCUAUUGUAUGAACAAAGACAUGAAUACGACAAGAUUCUGCAGUGUUACCUAUGGGAUCCACUCCGUAAACCGCAGGUGUUUUCAUAUUUGCGCAAUAUUCUUUUGUUGUACAAUAACACUGCUGAAAGGAGUAAAGUAGAAGCCCAGGUGGUGGAUAAUAUAAAGGAACUGUUGGACAUUGAUGCUGUAAAGACCGCUCAAAUUAUAGUCUUGCAUUUACCUCAGACAAUUCCAAAGAUAUUAAGAAAACUUGACCUUGAACCAGAGGUCUUGUAUCAGUUCCUCCAUGGUUUGUUUGAUUUCAGGGAUUCACAUGCAAACUUAAGUCAUCUGAAGGACGACCUGACCCUUGAGCCACAAUUAGUUGAGCAAUACAUUCAGUUAAUGUGCCAGUAUGAUCCAGCAAAGGUUUAUUCCUUUAUUACUAGCUUCGAUGGAUAUCGUCUUGAUAAUACAUUGAAGAUCACAAGGAAGUAUGAACAGACUGACGCUACAGCUCAUUUGCUGGAGAAGACUGGAGACUUCCAAGGAGCGCUGCAGCUGUUACUGGGCCACCUUAACAGCAGAAUAGAUUUGUUGAUUACAACAUCAAGAGACGGAGUAAAUAAGGUUGAAGAAGAAACUGCAGUGCGAGAGCUGACCACACGUCUCGUGGAACUGUGUAGAAGAGGUUCAGCCACACUGGAUGAGGCUGGCCGUCACAGUGUAUGGUUUCCUCUGCUUGACAGCCUCAUGCGACCACAGCGCAAUGAGACUACACGGCUGCCAGUUUUGCAGGAACUCACGCAACAGUUGUUGAUGGCUAUGAGCAGCUUUGUCUCAUUGCCUGCUAUGCUGCAAGUUGUUCUCCAGGAUCCUGCAUAUGCUGGUGGCAAGUUUGGAGACAUAAGGGAACUUAUGAUGGGCAUGCUCAGCAACUCGUGCUACGAGGAGACACUGCUUCAGGCGACAUCUCGCCUGCUGAGCUCAGACUUACACCAGCAGCUCGCCAAGCAUCUGGCAGCAGCCAACAGGGGCAUGACACCACGCCUCUCCACCUGCAGCAUGUGUCGCCAGAUGAUUACACAUCUUAGGGAUAAUGAAUCUGUAGUUCUUUUCAGGUGUGGUCAUGCCUACCAUUCAGACUGUAUGAAGGAUCCCCCUCAUUGUUAUGUGUGCAGAUGGGGCAGAAUGCCAGCACCUCUAUCAAUAAAUGAUCCUCAGGGAAAUUCAUCAUCGUCAUCAAGUGCAGCAACCUCUCCUCAUUCACAAGAACUUCUGAUACAGAGCCCAAAGUUCCCCCUUCAAUUAUCCCCACCACCCCCUCGAGAUCUUGAGGGUAUUUUUUGAAACUGUAAUCAAGAAGAAAACAAAGAUUAUACCAAAGACUGUUGUAUGUACAUUCCAUUGAAUGUUUAAUUUAUAAAUAUAUUAAGAUUGUUAAAAACAGUUA